GUUCAGUCAGUAACGUCUUUUUGAAUGACGUCAUCAGUUUAUGUUUAGCGAGCGAUAGGUUACGAAAUUCACGAAUUUCAUGGUUACUCGUUCGUUUUAUGUACCAAGUUAGUGUACUACCGUUUAUUAUUGUUAAGUGGACGUAUUCGUGUAUAUCGCGUAUCAAUAAAUCAUUGUUUACAACAGCAUUGACGGAGUGAACAUUACGUUACUUUUGGCGGCAGCACAUGAAGCCACAGAAAUAGAUUUCCUUGUGCAAUAUAUUGGGACGGAAAUUCUUUGGACUUAUUUGCAUUCGGACCGGUUUGAAAUGGGUCAGGGUUCGUGAAGUAUUGGGCUGUGGAGAUAGUAUGGGGUUGGUGUUAUUAACGAGUGAAGUUUGAGGGAACUAUGGAGAACCCAACGGUUUCUGGAUUGCGGUCAAGGUCGCGCUCGAAAACACCAUUCCUUAGGUCGAGCUGCGAUCGCGAGAACUGCACGGAGGGCGAGGACCACGUCCACCACAAGUCUGGAAGGAAAACGCCAAAUAAAAGGAGCACCCCUGUCAAGCAACUCGGUCAGCCAAGCAGCAAAGUAACCUCCGAAGCUAUAGCGGAGACAGAGGAGGAGCAUGCGCCGUCGCACCGCACGCGGCAAUCAACCCGCCUCACGGAGAAGCUGGUCAAGACCUCCGACUACUCCUCCGAGGAGAGCCUGGACCGGCUGAAGGGGAGUCGGAAGGAGAUAUUUCAGAACGAGCUCAACAGCCAGUAUGAGCGGGUGUCCACCAGCUCUCACUAUCGGACGCUGGCGGACGUCACGCUCAGUCCAAUCUCGCAGAAUGUGACGCGCGACAGGUCUUUCCGCUUCGGAAGCCCAGCGUACAGUGCAUGCUCGACGGACAGUUCGUUCGCUGAGCAGGCACUGGCGGAUACCAGCGCUCUGCUGGACCGGGACCCUAGCGCGGAACACCUGCCUUACCGCCUGUACAAGAUGGCCGGCGAGUAUUGGAACAAAUACCCGAAGACGGACUACACGUACUCGCCGCUGUCUAAAGACCGCGUGGAGCUGGCGCCGGGACAGGUGGCCGUCCCGAACAUGUCCCGGCGCUCGCUGUCCCAGUUCCGCGUUCAGGGACCGCUCACCAGCUCGGAUGAGGUCGACCGACUCGCAGCUACCUGGACGUCCAGUGCUACGCGCAAGCGGUUCACUACAGUAGACAGUUCAGAUGACGAAGGCGCGUACCUCCGAGGCAAUGGCGCUUACCAGCAAGCGGAGCAGCGCUGGUGGAUCACCCGCCUGCUCGUCACCAUCAUUACCACAAUCACCAGCUCUACUAGCAGCGCGUAUAGGAGACUCGUGGGACCUUCGCAUCGGUACCCGUAUACUGACAGGCGGCCCGCUAAAGGUGCGUAUCUUCGAGACAACAGUGCGAAGCCGAAACGCUGUUUACGUAGUUUCGGGUCUAUCUGUCACCUUCGCUCGCGCUGGCAUCUUGCUUUGCCUGGCAUCGCGACUCGUGCGGCGGCGGCGGCAGUAGCACCCUUCUACUGGAUUUACACUAUCAUCAAAACGGUGGUCACCACCACCGUCACCACUGUUACUGAAACGUUAACACCGAACCACGUGAGCGAGAGCGCCAAGUAUAGCGCUGGUAGCUACAAGGAAAAGGCGACGAAGCGACGCUGGUGGCCCUGGCUAUUACUACUCCUUCUGCCCGCCGUGGGAUAUGGAUCGCACUAUACGUAUGAGAACUGGGAUGACCUAGCCAUGCCCAACUUUACCGAUUUCCAACUAGAUCUCUCAGAGUUCUCUGCUAUAGACCUGCCCAAGAUCUCUUUGCCCAACAUCACUCUAUCCGACCUGAAUAUUCUGCCAGAUAUAAACCUCCCAGAGAUAAACAUAACUCUGCCUGAUAUCAGAGACAACCUGCCAGAGAUUAAGUCCUACACAGAGUACAAAGAUAUAGUACAGAAUAGAGUGGCCGACGCGUCUGACUAUAUGAGAGUGGUGGCAGAGAGUUGCUAUGAAGAGAUGCGUCGCUUCUGGCGCGGUGUGCUCGGAUGA